AAAUUUCAGUAUACCAUUUUAAAGGUCUUUAGUAUCAACCAACACUUAUAUCAAAGAUGGCUCCAAAAGGUAAGAAAGUUGCUCCAGCUCCAUUAGCUGCCAAGACCUCCAAGUCUACCACUGUCAAGAACCCAUUAACUGAUUCUACUCCAAAGAACUUCGGUAUUGGUCAAUCUGUUCAACCAAAAAGAAAUUUAUCCAGAUUUGUUAAAUGGCCAGAAUAUGUUAGAUUACAAAGACAAAAGAAGAUCUUAUCAUUAAGAUUAAAAGUUCCACCGGCUAUUUCUCAAUUCCAACAAACUUUAGAUAAAAACACUGCUUCUCAAGCUUUCAAAUUAUUCAACAAAUAUAGACCAGAAACUUCUGCUGAAAAGAAAGAAAGAUUAACUAAAGAAGCUGCUGCUAUUGCUGAAGGUAAAUCUGCCAAAGAUGUUUCUCCAAAACCAGUUGUUGUCAAAUAUGGUUUAAACCAUGUUGUUUCAUUAAUUGAAAACAAGAAAGUUAAAUUAGUUUUAAUUGCCAAUGAUGUUGAUCCAAUUGAAUUAGUUGUCUUUUUACCAGCUUUAUGUAAGAAAUUAGGUGUUCCAUACGCCAUUGUGAAAGGUAAGGCUAGAUUAGGUACUUUAGUUCAUCAAAAAACUGCUGCUGUUGUUGCUUUAACUGAAGUUGAAUCUGCUGAUGAAGCUGAAUUAGCUAAAUUAGUUUCAACCAUUGAUGCUAACUUCAUUGAAAAAUACGAAGAUAACAGAAGACAUUGGGGUGGUGGUAUUCUUGGUGCUAAAUCUACUGCUAAAGCUAUUAAAAGAGCUAAAAUUGCUGCUACUCCAACCAAUUAAAUUUGAAAGUAUAUCAUUUUAAAUUCCUUAUGGGGAUUAUCAUUGUUAAAUACACUUUCAGUUUAAUUAGUUGUACCUUUUAUAUGUAUAUCAUAAAUCAAACAGAUAUAAAUAAUAAAUAAAUAAAUCAUAUUUCGUUUUGACUAGA